UCUCUACUUGCACUCCUUAGCUACCCCUGCCAUGUGGCUUGACAUGAGCCACUUCAAAAAAAGUAAUUGUGUUAAACCUGUAUUAAUUUACUUUCUCCUUUUGAAUAAUACUUAAAAUACCCUCUUCAUCCUGCCUGCAGGUCUCCACUGCUGCUUGGAAGAUGGAGCACUUUUUAUUUUUAGUAACAAUAUCUCUCAUGCUGGGAUGGAAGAAUCUUAAACCAAUUAAACACAUUAGAAGAAACUGGAUGAACCUCCGGGAUGCAGAAACAGGGAAAAUCCUCUGGCAAGGAACAGAAGAUUUGUCUGUACCUGGAGUGGAGCAUGAAGCUCGAGUUCCCAAAAAAAUCCUGAAAUGCAAAGCAGUGUCUCGGGAGUUAAACUUUUCCUCAGCAGAACAAAUGGAAAAAUUCCGACUGGAACAGAAAGUUUAUUUCAAAGGGCAGUGUCUAGAAGAAUGGUUCUUUGAAUUCGGUUUUGUGAUUCCUAACUCCACAAACACUUGGCAGUCCUUGAUAGAGGCAGCACCUGAAUCACAGAUGAUGCCAGCUAACGUUUUAACUGGUAAUGUUAUUAUAGAAACCAAAUUCUAUGAUGACGAUCUUCUCGUAAGCACUUCCAGAGUGAGACUUUUCUACGUUUGAGAUGGCGCUUUUUGGAGCUGUUUUAGUUUUCCUCCAUACAGUUCUUGGUGCAGAACCCCCCGACUAUCCAGUGGAAGACACUCCUGUAGGCGGUGACCCUGGGGACCAGCUCAACGUGGGUUGUGACCUUUGCCCAUCAGUUGUUUUGCUUUCUUCUCUGACAAGACCAGACCAAACCCUCAGAGACAGGACCAUCUGCUCAGCGGUGCACUGGGGAAUAGAGGCUGUCUCUGAACACGGGCAAACGGUGGUCAUGCAGAACCAAUACUGUAAAUUAUGUUAGUUUCAUCCUUUGUACUUCUCUGGAUCCUGUUAUAAUCUCCCAUUUCCACUCACACCAAACUCUAAAUGCGUUUCAUUUUUGGGGGAUUAAGUUAACUUUUUCAUUUUUCUCAUGUUGUAGGUUUUUAUCCUUUCACUGGAUUUCUGUGUAACUGGUCCACACAUCCUCUUACCCUGAACUUGUAAAAUAGACUGUGAUAUCACCUAAUGUAAUUAAAACAAAUUUCUCAAUUAAAACAUUCCUACCGUCCAAAGAAGGGAAGAAA